CAUGCAUUGACAGCGCGAGUCGCAUUUGGACGCUAUAUAUGCAUUUUUUUGGACGCUUAGCUUAGCAUAGCAUAGCAUGUAUUAGCUGCAGAGAGGACCGCGGUCUUCCUGUGUGGUGUUUCAGUCGGUAUCAUUUUAUUUAGAUAUUCGGAGCGAGUUAAAUGUUGGGGUGACGUGUGUUAGGUGACUGGUUAAGAGAAGGCUCCUUCAAGGUCCCGCCUCUCCCUGAACAGGAUUGGCUGACGGCAGUGAUCAAUUCCUGUAACGAUUGGCUGAUCGUAAUAACGUCAUUCGCGAGCUGCGCGCUGAUUGGACUGAAUCCCUGUACUGGAGGUUUUGUUGGAAAACGAGGUGGGAAGAAAAAUAACGCCAGAAUGGAAUAAACCCAAGUCAUGAUCAGGAUCUCUCACCUCCAAACCUGAACAUCUGCUGAACAUCCUGACCUGAAGGUCUCGACCAUAUACUACUACAUACUGAUUAUCACUUUCAUCAGAUAUACAGCUCUAGUGUUUGGAUAUUAUACCAUUAUAAGAGUGUUUUUCCUCCAGUGAUUGAUUUUGAACACACACACACACACACACACACACACACACACACACACACACACACACACACAGAGUCCUGGAUUGAAACACCCUGGUUGUGAUCUCUUCAGCCUGUAGGAGGAAACGCUGGCCGACAUGGACGAGCAGAGCGUCGAGAGUAUAGCGGAGGUGUUCCGCUGCUUCAUUUGUAUGGAGAAGCUGCGAGAUGCUCGUCUCUGCCCACACUGCUCCAAACUCUGCUGCUUCAGCUGCAUACGGCGUUGGCUGACAGAACAAAGGGCACAGUGUCCACACUGUCGAGCUCCGUUACAGCUGCGGGAGCUGGUGAAUUGCCGCUGGGCCGAGGAGGUCACACAGCAGCUGGACACACUGCAGCUCUGUAAUCUCUCCAAACAUGAAGAAAAUGAUAAAGACAAAUGUGAAAACCACCAUGAGAAGUUGAGUGUGUUUUGCUGGACCUGCAAGAAAUGCAUCUGUCAUCAGUGUGCACUGUGGGGAGGCAUGCACGGAGGACACACGUUCAAGCCCCUGGCUGAGAUUUACGAGCAGCAUGUGAACAAGGUGAACGAGGAGGUGGCCAAACUGCGACGUCGUCUCAUGGAGCUCAUCAGCCUCGUCCAGGAAGUGGAGAAGAAUGUGGAGGCGGUGCGAGGGGCGAAGGACGAGCGAGUGCGAGAGAUUAGGAACGCUGUAGAGAUGAUGAUCGCACGGCUGGACAAUCAGCUCAAGAACAAACUCAUCACACUCAUGGGUCAAAAGACGUCCCUCACACAGGAGACAGAGCUGCUCGAGUCUCUACUGCAGGAAGUGGAUCACCAGCUGCGCUCUUGCAGUAAGAGUGAGCUGAUCUUGAAGAGCCCAGAGAUCCUGCUCAUGUUCCAGCAGGUUCACAGGAAGCCCAUGCAGUCAUUCGUAACUACGCCUGUACCACCUGACUUCACCAGUGAGCUGGUUCCUGCUUAUGACUCGAGCACUUUCGUUCUGGCAAACUUCAGUACACUGAGACAGAGAGCAGACCCAGUGUAUAGCCCUCCACUCCAGGUGUCAGGAUUGUGCUGGAGGCUGAAGGUUUACCCUGAUGGUAACGGCGUUGUUCGUGGAAACUACCUUUCCGUUUUCCUGGAGCUGUCAGCUGGCCUGCCUGAGACCUCCAAGUAUGAGUACCGUGUAGAGAUGGUGCAUCAGGCUUCCAAUGACCCGACCAAGAACAUCAUCCGCGAGUUUGCAUCAGACUUCGAGGUGGGCGAGUGCUGGGGCUACAACCGCUUCUUCAGGUUGGAUCUUCUCGCUAGUGAGGGGUAUCUCAACAUGCAGACCGACACACUCAUCCUGAGGUAUCAGGUGAGAUCACCCACCUUCUUUCAGAAGUGCCGUGAUCAAUACUGGUACAUCAGCCAACUGGAGGCGGCGCAGUCCAGCUACAUCCAACAGAUCAACAACCUGAAGGAGAGGCUGGCCAUCGAACUUUUCCGGCGACAGAAUUCUCGGAGCUCGUCCCCACCCGAUCAUCGCAUGUGCCAGCCCACAUCCAGCACCAGUACCACUGCUUCGGGCCGAGACUCCCGCCCUGGGAAGAGCACUACGGUAGAGGACGGGUCACUGGUGAACGGGGACCAGACAAAGGAGGAGGAGGAAGAGGAAGAAGAAAAGACGCAGCAUGAUGACUCAAAUGAGCUGUCUGACGGUGACCUGGAGGUGGACUGUCUGACCGGAGAUGAGGACGUGAACCCUCUGGACGGCAGCAGCACAUCCGGCAGCUCCACGGCCACCAGCAACACGGAGGAGAACGACAUCGACGAGGAGAACAUGUCUGGAGAGAAUGAUGUGGAGUACAGUGGAAACAUGGACCUGGAGGAAGGAGAAAUUCCUGAUGAUGUUAUAGGAGCUACAGGAGGCUCCAGCGCAGGAAUCCGGGGUUCAAGGAGGAAUGCAGCAGGAGCCACGGCCAGUCUGCUGGAAAUAGACCCGGUUAUACUGAUCCAGCUACUGGACCUGAAAGAGAACAGCCAUGUGGAGUCUCUGUGGGGAAUCCAGCCCCGGCCACCUGCCUCGCUGAUCCCCAGCCAUGCGGCUCUGGUCUCGGCCCGUAAAGAGCGAGAGCGUCGUUCUCAGCCUGUGCGUCGUUCUGCCCCGGACUCGGCCGUCCUGACCCGACUCAAGGCACAGAUGGCAGAGGUUCGCAGCAAGAUGGCGGACGUAAAGGGGCAGCUGGAGGCUCGUGCCGGAGUCUCUGAUGCUCGAGUCGCUCCUCUUUGCUCGGUUCUGGAUCACAACGCAUCAACCGACCCGGAAACAGCAGCACGACGCAAACCACGAGAACUGGACCUGCUGUUUAAAGCUCCAGGGACGAGCAAACAUGGUCGCCACGGUAGCAAGAAAGCUGUCUCCCCCAAGCAGGAUGUGGGAGGCGCAGUGGGAGGAGUCUCCUUACGCCGAAAUGGUGAGGCUGGUGAGAAAGAGUUGAGAGGAGCAGCAGGAGAUGCGCUUGAACCUUCGCUGUGUCCUAGAGAGGGACCUUCCACUGCUGAAAUUUCAGUGAAAGCUCAAAGUGCACACACUUCGCCUCUUUCUCUCUCUGGUUUCUCUGAGAACCAGCCCAAACCCGACGAGUCUCUUUACGGAGCCGCAGGGAGCGAAACAUUCAACCUGCCUGCUCUGAACACGACGCCCCCUGCAGGCAGCAAACUGCGCAGGCCCACCGGCAGCACUGCUGCACUGCUGACUGAUGCAUCAUUAGAUUUUGAGCAUGACUGCUCUGGAGACAUCCACCAAUCACUGCUGAGUCUCACAGAGCCAACAUCUUCAUCCUCACACCCUGAAGAAGGCUUGUUGUGUCAGAAGCCGUCAGCACACCUGCUUCCGGGUAUGAGCAGUGACAGCGAGGUGGAGUGUGACACCGAGAACGAGAAUGAGGACGAGGUUGGAGUUCUGGAGGAUGGAGAGGUUCUUACACUGCCCUGCUCAGGAGAGCAACUGAUGCCUGAUGAUCUGAGCUUUGUGACUGGGGAGACCACUGAGAGGUGAUCAGCAGACUCAGACUACAUGGGAGAGUGUGUGUGUGUGUGUGUGUGUGUGUGUGUGUGUGUGUGUGUGUGUGUGUGUGUGUGUGUGUGUGUGUGUGUGUGUGUGUACAGUAUUUAGAAAUGGAAAGCUUGUAUACUACAGAGCUGUGCAUUCUGUUAUGUGACCAAGGGUGUACAUAUACAUAUAGAAAUAUAUAUAUAUAUAUGUGUGUGUGUGUGUGUGUGUGUGUGUGUGUGUGUGUGUGUGUAUGUUGUGGAUGGAGAUGUUCGGCUUGAGGAACAAAGUAUGAGGAAAUAAGUAUUUCAUUAAGGACUUUAUUACUGAUUGUGAACCACUGUAUGUUUUUUGCACAAGUGUGAGAGACGCUCUGUAAGGUGCUGGAUCUGUACACUCUCCACUUUCUACAUCUCAUCUCUACCUGUCAGGCUUUAGGCCACACCCCUUUGCACACCCCUUUUGCACGCGUGCGAUUCUGUCCUCGUGUCCACAUUCACAGGAAACUCAGUGAGUAAUUCAUUUCCUGUUUAAUAAACGUUUCAGACGUUUGAUUUCAGGCUGAACUGUUCCCGAGCGAGGAAACCUGCUGCUCUUCAUCUUUCUCCAAUCAUCUGCUCCUACUGCAACUUUGUGUUUGUGUGUUCCCCUCUUUGUCCUGCUUCAGCAGGGGGCGCUUCCCAGAGACACAGCAUGUUCAGCCCAGACUCCCUGUCAUCAUUCUACACCAUACUUGACCUUAAAUAACCUUCACCUGUGUCUCACCAGAGAUUCACCUUCAUCAGGGUGUAUCAUGUUCCUGACCAUCAGCAGUUUCUCACCUGUUCUGCAUCUCACUCUCACGUUCGUCUUGGCUUUUAUUUAGUGUCUAUACUGUGCAUUCUUUUUUUUUUUUCUCCAUGUCACAAUAAACAUGUUAUGUAAAUGGUUA